GAUCGAUAGCAUUUCCAGAACCAAUGAUUAAGAGAGUGUGUAUUUUUCUUCUCAUUGUCCCGAUUGUGGCGAUGUUGGUUUCACUAGAGAAAGGAUUGUAGAGUAAUACAUAUCAGGGAUAUGCUAGUUCAUUGAAUUGGAAGGCUGAACUAGAUGUUGGAUUAUUGUCAAUAUUGGAUACCAUUAUUUCCUGGAACCAGCUGACAGGGUAUUAAUAAUUACUAAUACUUUGUGUGAGACAUAACUCUGUAUGGGACGUACAAUAUAUUAUUGAAUUAGAUUAGUUGAAUUAUGCUGCAUUGUUCAUCAGUGUCUGUACUAGACUGCAGGAAAUCAUUAGGAAACAUUUAUGAGGAAGCUCCACAGUGAAGGCGAAACAUAUGCACUACGGUUUAAUGUUGAUACAGAUGAUGAGAAGUCUACAUACUGAUUAUAUGAAUUGUAUGAAUCAAGAAGGAAUAGAUUGUGGAAUUAAAUAAAAUGAAGAUGGAAAAUAUAAGUAAUUGUACAGUAACAACCAUAAAUGAAAAUGGCGGUUCGAUUUGUUAUGAAAGUGAGACUGAAACGUUGAACAUGGUUAAAAUGGCAAUCGUUGCUUUGUUUCUUAUUUUCAUAUUUCUGGCAAGCGUUAUUGGAAACAUUUUAGUAUUUUUGGUGUUUUGCAAAAAACCAGCAUUGUUGACAAUUUCAAACCGAUUUAUAUUGAAUUUAACAAUCUGUAAUUCACUUAACACCAUUGUUAUUAUGCCUUUCAUGUUUGUGACAAUGAUUGCAGAGGUCUGGAUGUUCGGAUAUAUUUGGUGCAAAGCUACAGGAUUCAUUAUGAAUACUAUUUUUGCAGCAAGUACGUUGACAUUAGUGGCGAUUUCAAUAGAUCGGUAUUGCGCUGUAGCAACGCCUUUACAUUAUACUAUGAAAAUAACUAGAAAACGAGCAAUGUUAAUGACGAUUUCUGUUUGGAUAGUUGCUGUCGUUCUGUCGGUUCCACCACUGUUUGGAUGGAACGAAUAUGUGUAUCAGUCUGACAAAGCAUCAUGCACAGUGCUGUGGGCAACGCCUUCUAAAUGGGACAAAUUUUACACUUUGUUUCUUGUUUCUGUAUCGUUUGCACUACCUUUAAUAGUUAUUUUAUGGGGUUAUAUUAUAAUAUUUAGAGCAGCCAGAAACAAUAGUGAGAGGACAAGACGCAACAGCGUUAUACCAUCCAAUCUGAUUGAAGAUAUGUCGCAGAUGCCCUUGAAAGACGACCGCAGACGCUAUUGUGGCAUAUCACGGUCAUGCAACAUGCCUAUUUUGCUUCGACGUCGUAGUUCUAGUUCCAGAACACUUCCGUUAUUAUGGAAACGUGACGAAUGGAAAACUGCAUUGACCAGUUUUCUCGUUGUUUUUACUUUUGUGAUAUGUUGGUUGCCAUAUUUUAUCAUUAUCAUACUUGAAUCAGUGCUAAACAAUCCAGAAAACAUUCCAGCUGAAAUCGAGACUGUGUCUAUUUUACUAGCCAUGUCUAGUUGUGCAAUAAAUCCACUUGUUUAUGUGUUCAGGAACAAAUCAGCCAGACAAGAACUUAAGUUUGCUUUAAAACUCCAACGCCGACAAGAAUUUAAUGAGUCUAGGCGAGGGAGCACAUGUACCAUGUUACGAGACGGCAUCAUCAGACAAGGGAGUACGGAAUCGGAUAUAAUUCUUGAGAAACCGUUACAUUUGUCUGCUACAAACACAACUUUGACUUCUCUUAUAAGCGAGAAAGAGCACACACAAAAUCGCAUGUAAUUUGUAUAAGAAACUAAUUUAUUUAAGGAAUUCUAGUCAAUCAUAUUCAUUUUACAAAUAGUCCGUCGUCUAAAAAUAUUUGCCACUUGACGUUAACCAAGUACACAUCAUUUUAUCAAUCCUAUAUAUUUAUUAUUAAUCAUUUGUUAAAGGCCACUAGCAUUAUGUUGAUCAAGUCCUUUUCACAGUCAAAUUCCUUGCCGUAUAUUUCCUACACUGUAAUAAUACUUUAUUAAAAUAGCAAUUAUAAAUCAAAACAGUAAUCCUGAUGCAAACCUAUGUGUGCCUUUCCCAGUGUUGUGAUCGUUUAAAUUGUUCAUCACAAGUGCAUGUUUUUGUCACAAACCCUCCGACCAGGAAGAAAUGUGUCCACAACAUUUUUUUUCAUGUUAUGGGGUUGUUUUUAUUAAGCUACGUUGUAUACAUAUUGCUCAUAUUUUAAAAUGACACUUUGUGUUUGCAUUAUUAUAAAUUUAAAGGGUGCAGAAAUACAAUAUAAAAAAUUCUCCCGAUUCAAAAUGAAAUGAAAUUUUUUCGGCUAGGGCUGUAUAAGCAAGAUAACGCUUUGAAUGCACAAACCACUUUAAAAGAUAAACACAUGAUAUGAUAUUAAAUCCGUAUUUGUUUCAAAUGACCAUGCAUGCAUUCCAAUCAAAACUCAAGGAGUAAGUUAAAAUACGUUAUACAAAACUAUUAUGAUAUUAGAUGUAUCAAAUUUGAAGGAUAGAGAAGUUACUUGAAAAAUUGACCAUUUACUGGUUUUAAUUAUUUACAGCUCUGUAUUAAACAAAGGCAAUUUAAAUUUUCGAAUUAACAGCCGAAGUUAUUUCCUCAUGUAUAAGCUCAUUAUUUUUUCGAAUCGGUUGUGGCUUCAACGAUUUCUGAAACGGAUUAUAACAAGAUAUUACUAAGCAUUCUGUUGUUCACCUAUAAUUUGAACUUCUGAUGACAAUGAUUUUUUUUCUAAAAAUAGAAUAUCACACAAUUAUAUACCAUAACGAUCUAGUUCCAGAUAGUGAAUACAGAAAUUAUUCCAUACAUUUAAUAUCAAAUGUUUUUUGUAUUUGUUUAGUAUCUAUAAUGUAUAACAAUCAAAUUGUUGACCAAUUUAUAAUCUACAUAUCUAAUUUGAUAUUCAAUUAUUAUUUUUAUACUUUUUUACAUCAUCAGUUUUACAACCAAUUGUUCGUCCAUCAUUAAUUCAUCGUUUUUUAGUAAACUUUCUAUUAUAGCAAAUCCAUUUGAUAACACGGUUUAUUCAAACUGUACUGUAAAUUGUAAAUAAUUCAACUCUGUGCCCAAAACGAUGAAAAAAAAAAGAUGAUACUGAAUUUACCUCAAGUUUUUUUUCAAUUAUUCAAAUAUUUUAAUUCGCUUUGGAUUGGAAUUUUCAGUUUUAAAAACGCCAUUUGCUAGUAUAUAUUGUACAUUUGGGAAUGUUUCAAUUGUAAGGAGAAGUAUCCAUAUUUCAGAACUGACAUUUGCGGUAAAUAGAAAGCUAGAAAACGAAAAAUGUAAUAUUUUAAAGAUAUUAUGCUUAGUUUAACAUAGACAAUCAGUCCCUUAACAAGUUUCUAUUUUAACAUAAAAUAUUUAGGAUAUUGGAAAACCAUUUGACCUAAACGAUUUUGAACACUGUUUUGAUCAUACUUGUACCAUCUUGAUGAUGAUUAAAAUUUUGUGAACAAUCAAAUGAUGCGACUAAGGUCAUUGCUAUAGAAAGUUUACCGUGUCUUAAAAAUGGCUUUUUAGUAAAAAACAAAACAAAACAGUAUUCAACAGUUAAUCAUAAGUAACCUAAAUAAGAAAACACUGUAUUUGGUGAUAAUUAUUCCCCUUUCAAUGUGUUUAUAACGAGCUGUUUAAAAAAACAAAAUUAGCCUGUUAAUUCGUCGUUUCAGAAUCUAAAGGGCUAUGAGUAUUUUUUUUGUUUGUAACCUAAAUUGAAAAUUCCUUCGUAUCAUUGGUUGAACUUUCUUUGCUUUGAAUGUUUUUAACUAAUCACAACGGUUUGGGAACGCUUUUAAAAAUAUUUCCCAGAAUGCAUUAGAUUCUGAAAAGGCGACUCCAAUAGCAGGGCGAUAACGAUAUUUGCCGUUAAAUCCGAAUAAUUCAGUCGUUAAAUUCCGCUGAUCUACGAUAACUUCAUUCGAAUUCCUCGCAAGUAGAAGAGAUCGAUUACGGGGAGGGACUGAAUUAUUCGGGUUACCGUUUAAUAGAAACGUAAUACAGUUGAGGUUCCAAUGUAAACAAAAGCCAUUUUUAAGAAUUGUUUAUUCAUUUUCAUAGGAUCACUCACUAUUGUUUUAGAGGGUAUUAUUACAGAAAAAGUAUUUUUUGCUGACUUGUGAAAGAAAGAAAUCAUUGCCUCAUUCUCAUGUUGGAUCUCAGAGUGUUUUAUAAUCAAAUUUAAUAGUUGAUCGUAAAUGUAUAAUUUAUACCGCUUUUUGUAAAUCGGAAUAGAAUUAACGAUUGGUAACGUAAUAUGUUUGUUUGCUUUACAACCGUUCGAAGAUUUCAAAACUUUGAAUUUUGAGAAUAAUUAAAUUUUUAAAUAUUUUUUUUAGAAUUGUAGCAGCUGAUUUAAAGAAUGAACAGCAUUUUAUUAAUUUGUACUUUUAAAAGGAACCAAAUUAUGAUUAUUGCUACUAAACUCUAAAUUGGAAAGUCCGGGACUAUAAUUAAACGUUUUUGUUUAUCUGACUCUACUAUAUUGAUCGUAUCAUUUGAUACGCUGUCAGAGGCUGAACAAACAGUCUUGAUAUAUGAACUGUUUCCGGUAUUCUUGGAAGAAAUUAAUCAUAAUUGGAUAUUUUAUUAAUUAGGUAACGAUAAUAUAAGAAUAAUUACAUGCAAUUAAUAAUUUUAUCAGAUCGCAUCGGAUAUUUCCAUAUUGUAUACACACGACAUGUCUAAAAUAAAUAUGAAGUAUCCCUACUAACUAACUGAGAUUAAUAAGAACUGGAGAAGUCAUUGUUUUGUAGAGUGCAGUGCAUAAUUCAGGAUACGCACCGAAAUGUUGUAAUCGAAGCAUAGCUUUAACAUUUUUUUUUAUGUCAACUAGUUUGAAUAGAUCGCAAUGCAUAUAAAUUUUGAUGUUACAUUUCACUUUUCGGAUCUUUUUAUGUCGAAAAAAAUAUUUUAACACAGGUAUACUCCUAUAUUUGACGAAGUAAUACUUGAUAUCGAGAAUGUAGAGGUAAUAGUGAACGCCGACGGCUUUUCAACAAUCGAACUUACGUACAUGUAUGAAAUUGCUAAUUGAACUUAUUAUAUAGUAUUUCAUGCAUGAUUAUAAAAAACGGUGUUCAUAAUUGCAUAUGGGUUCCCGAUAGCAGGUUAUAUAAGCAUGUAUAUUGCAUACACUAUACUAUCUAUCAAUAAUAUUCCGUGUUCUUAUUCAGAUUUACUUGAUAUAUUUCAAAACUACGAAAGAAAUAUUAUGUUGUUGUAUUCCAUUUAAAAGUUACACAAUAUUAUGAUAUUUGUUAGCUUAUGAUAUUAUAUACGUUGAUUUGUGUUGCUUGUGAUUAAUGUAAAACGGGUGAAAUUGAUGAUUUUUUUUCUUUUUUAUCAAAUAAUAAAUUAUUUAUAUGUUUA